AUGUUGUGACUGCUCUGCGCUUGGCGCGGCCGCCGACGCGAAACUCCGUGCUUCACACAAUUGACCAGCGAACGGCUGCAGGUUCCGUCGAGGUGAAGCAGGCCCUACAGGGAAACCUGUAAAAGAGAGGAGUGAGGACGAUGCCUUCAGGCGGUGACCUCCUCGCACACCACAGAUCAGGAGAUACCGGCCUGGUUGUGACGCGCUGACCAGGGAUGGCGGCAUCGCUAACGACGAGGAACGGCUUUUCCGGCAGCUUCGGCGGAAAUGGCGACGCCUCUACCAACGGAACAGCCUUCGUCAACAGGGCGUUCGAACCGUACGAGCGUUCUGCUAACGGCGGCACCGAUGUCGCCAAGACGGUGCACCCCAGCUACGGGUCGGCCAUAUGGAAAGAUGACUCCGAGGCCGAGAAAUCAAACAGCAAGGAGAAAGCCCCGGUGGGCUGCUGGGAAAAGUGCAAGCGUGAUGCCUGGCUACUACCUCUGGUGCAUAGCGAGUUUUGGAUUUCAGCUGCCUUCUCGCUCAUUCAGCCCUUCUACCCAAUUCUGGCUUCUUCAAGAGGCAUAGAAGCGUGGAAGUAUGGAUUUGUGUUCUCCCUUUUCAAAGUAUUUAUGUUGAUUGGAUCCAUCACCGCAGAAAAAAUGAUUACCAGGAUCACACCCACAGCCUGUUAUCUGUUCGGGCAAGGAGGGUUCUUCAUUUUCACGAUACUAUUCGGUUGCCUCUACUGGUCGCCCGGAGGCAACAUCCUGCUGGGCCUGUCCAUAGCAUGCGUCGUUCUCGGAGGCAUCACCAACACAUUCUACCUUGUCAGCAUGUUCGCCGUCUUCACGACGCGCUUCCCGAAAUAUAGAGGAGCUAUAAUUGCGUUCCUAGAAUUCCUCUGGGGAUCUGGCAACAUGGUGGGAUCGGCUAUUGGCGGUGCUCUGAUUGACGCAUGGGCCUACCCGCUUCCGUUCUUCGUGUUGGGAGCCGUUACAAUGCUCUCAUUUCCAGUAAUCGCCAAAUUUAGUUCGAAGCUCAACCAGUACUCAGAGGAUGAUGAGAGCGAUGAGGUGCAAGAAAAAUGCAGCCAGAACAGGAGCUACUACUGGCUUCUCAUCGACCCCGUGUUUCUCAUCGACAUGGUGACACUCAUGAUGAGCUGGAUCAUUCUAGGAUUCAACGAGCCCACGCUGGAACCCAGCCUAGAGGAUUUCAACCUCACUGGUACUAUCUUGGGCAGUGUCUACACGGUCCAGUUUGCCAGUUAUUCCUUGGGAGGCUUUAUUGCCGGCGCCUUCUCUCACUAUAAGUUGGAAGCUUUCUACGCCAUGGUGGGCCAGCUGUUUACCAUAGUGGCGUAUCUUGUGAUAGGACCUGCGCCGUUCCUACCUGUAUCGCGGACGCUAGCAUUGGUUUAUAUUUCGCAAGUUUUUACGGGCCUGGGAAUGUCAGCGCAGUUUGUCUGUGGAUACUGCCACGGACUGAGACGUGCUGUACAACGUGGAUACCCCGACAAUCUACGCACAAACGGUUUUCUGUCAAGCACAGUGCUCACAUUUGCAGUAUUCGGGGCGAUGGUGACGCCCCCAGUCGCCGGCUACGUCGUCGAGUUGUACGGCUACAGGAAAGGCACCAUGCUCAUGUUUGGAAUCUUGGUGAUAUGGGCACCCGCCACUGUGGCUCUCUGGCUACACUCUGUCUUCGGUGCGAAGGAAGCAAUUGCAACGUCGAAAAGUUCCUCGGGUCCACUGAAUCAAGCAGGAACGUCACGCAUAUGAGUUGCCUCGUAGUUUCAUUCGUUGUACACAUUCUCCUCAUUUGUUUCAUCUGUAUUAAUAAAUUACUUUUCUAUCAACAA